AUGUCGCCUGAGCAACUUCAAAUUUUGCUCUCUCAAGUUAGUGCUGAGUUCACCCGCAAGAGCUCCUCCACUUCUGACUCUGCCAACUUCGUCGCACCAGAUCUCGUCAACGACCAGCUGUCGUCGGACGAGCACGGUGCUGACAAGGCUAACGUAGGUCGCGUUUUGCCAUUAGAGCCCGAGGUAGACCCAAUACUAGACGCUGGAUCUGCUGGCGGUAACUUGCCGGUCACACUUUCGCCGGCGCUAGAAGCAGCGGACGAUGCGGACGAAAACGUCAGUGGCGAAAGCGAGGCCGACGACGACAGCGGUGACGACGACCGCUCCUUCCCUAGGCGCAAGAAGGGUUCCGUUGCUACUAUGCAUGGCGGUGCUCCUAACUCUACGUCGAAGCAGAAGCGCAAACACCAGACGAAACGGAAAGAAGUUGUUCAGCCUGUCGACAGAGCCCAGGCUGCAGCUUCUGAUCAGCAGCGCACGGUCGAGUUGCAGCAGGAGACAUUGGCGGAAGUUCGGCGGCAACUGGAGGAGAGUCAGCGGGCGAAACAAUUGCUCCAGGCAAGCAGGCCGGCCUCAACGUCUUCCGCGCUGCCCGUCAACGUUGCAAGCACUUUGCGAGGCCUCAACGAUCACCGUUCAACUCUGGCGCCUGCUGUCGCACCUGGGGCAGUCGGACGAUCGCUGGCAACCUCCGUGAUUCCUGCGCUGCUCGCGCCAAACGCCUCUCGCUCCCUUGGCACCCCCCUCGCUCAUCCGGGAACCCCAGCACCUCGACCAAAUGCUCGUGAACCUUCGACCAAGCUUCCGGAAUCGCUUACCGAGCUCACAUUUUUCACGGCAAAGUGCAACCAAGCGGUUCUCUACUUCAUUGCUGAGGCUCCCCCGAGGGAGAUUAACUUCUGGCCUGAGCCGCAGGAGUUGAGGCAGCAACUCAUCCGUACGUAUCAGCUGGUGAACGUUUCUGAGGAAACGUUCAACCUUGUCAUGAACUCUCACCCGGAACGGGAGAGGAUUCUUAAAGACAAGGUCGGCGAGCGUAGGGGCAACCUCUUCACGUAG